GAGGUGGUGGCUGACCUGUGAGUGUCGGAGCCAUGUCGCAUGAGAAGAGCUCCCUGGUGUCUGGCGACCCUUUCCCCGGGCAGCAGCCUCCUGUCCCGCCCGGCUACGCCCAGCCUCCGUACCCAACAGCUCCCUACCCACAGCCACAGUUCCAGCCUGUAGCCUAUGGCCAGCCGGGCUACCCAGUUGCGGGGCCCUACCCGCAGGGCCCGUAUCCAGCCGCAGGGCCAUACCCGCAGGGACCGUACCCAGCCGCGGGGCCGUACCCGCAAGGAUCCUACGCGCAGGGGCCGUACCCGCAAGGAUCCUACGCUCAGGGGCCGUAUCCACAAGGACCCUACCCUCAGGGGCCGUAUCCACAGGGGCCGUACGCCCAACCGCAUCCCGUUGACCCUGAGGAUCCAGGCUGUGGAACCAGGCCCCCUAUCUAUGUGAUCUGGAGAUCAGGCACCGUGGCCUCCAGGAUUGCUCCGGUGCACGUCAACUACCACGAGGACGGGCCUCCCUCCUACUACGACAGCCCGGAUUUCCCCACCACGAACUGGGACGAUAAGAACAUCCGCCAGGCCUUCAUCCGCAAGGUGUUCCUGGUGCUGACCCUCCAGCUGUCCGUCACCUUUGCCUUUGUGGCCAUCUUCACCUUCGUGAAGGGCGUGAAGGGCUUUGUGCGGAGGAAUGUCUGGACUUACUACAUCUCCUACGCCGUCUUCUUCAUUUCGCUCAUUGUUCUCAGCUGCUGUGGGGAGUUCCGGCGCAAGCACCCCUGGAACCUGGUUGCCCUGUCCAUCUUGACCCUGAGCCUCUCCUACAUGGUGGGCAUGAUCGCCAGCUUUUACAACACGGAGGCCGUCAUCAUGGCAGUGGGCAUCACGGCUGCCGUCUGCUUCACAGUCGUCAUCUUCUCCCUGCAGACCAAGUACGACUUCACCUCCUGCCGGGGGGUGCUUAUUGUCUGCCUGGUGGUGCUGCUGAUCUUUUCCAUCCUGUGCAUCUUCAUCCGGAACCGCAUCUUGGACCUCGUCUACGCCUCCAUCGGAGCCCUCCUCUUCACCUGCUUCCUGGCUGUGGACACCCAGAUGAUCCUGGGGAACAAGCAACUGGCCAUCAGCCCCGAGGAGUACAUCUUUGCAGCCCUCAACCUCUACACAGACAUUAUCAACAUCUUCCUGUACAUCCUGGCCAUCAUCGGGCGGGCCAAGGAGUAG